GGAGCUGGCCACUCUGUGCGCUCCUGCUGCAGGGAUAUCAGGGGAGCCCGCUUGCCAGGGCUCAGCUACCGCCUCCAGGAAUCCCGGACCAGAUUGGGGUCUAGGCAGUACCGGGACGUCGCCUGGCAUGGCCGUGCCGGGCAGCUGAAGGCCUCUGACCCACAGGUUGAGAAGUUGAAACCAACGUUACCGAAGGAUUGGCAAGUGACGAGAAGGGAAUUCCUGGGGCGGUUCCUGCCUGGACCAAAGUCCCAGAAAGAUGGAGAAGGAGGAAGAAGAAACCCGGGAGAUUUUGCUCCCCGACUGGCAAGGCAGCGGCUCUCAAAGCCUCACCCUCGACCAGACGGACGAGGGUGUGUUUGUGAAACAGGUGAAGGAGGAUUCGCCAGCUGGCAAAGCGGGAGUCGUGAAGGAAGGAGAUCAAAUAGUGAGUGCCACAAUCUACUUUGACAACCUGCAGUCUGGGGAAGUCACGCAGAUCCUAAAAAACGUGGGCCACCACACCGUGGGCCUUCGGCUGCAGAGGAAAGGAGACCGGUCUCCAUUGCCGGGACAGUCUUGGUCGCAUGACGUUUUUACCCCGAGGAGCCCAGAGGUUGUUCUGAGCGGGGAUGAUGAAGAGUACAGACGGAUUUACACGACAAAAAUUAAGCCACGCCUUAAAUCAGAAGAUGGUACGGAAGCUGAGCCCACGGGAACUCAAAGCAGAACUAUCACAGUUACCAAGAGAGUGACCGCAUAUACCGUUGAUGUAACAGGACGUGAAGGUGCCAAAGACAUUGACAUCACCAGUCCAGAGUUCAAAAUCAAGAUUCCAAAACAUGAACUCACCCACAUUUCUAAAGCAGAGAUUGAAACAGAGCCUGGGAAAACUGUGAUCAAAAUCCCACACGGGGAUUUGUCGGGCAGAACCACCCAAGUAACAGAUUUUCAUGCCGGGGUGAGAGGAAGACCUGACAUUACAUAUACUGGACCAGCACCGGAAUCGCCUUCCAGGAAGUUGGACAUUGGAGUUCCUGAAAUCCGCAUGGGAACACCGUUAAGGGGGACAACUGAUAUUCGCAUCUCUGGGCCUCAUGUCAUGGGGGUAGAUCUGAGAACCCAGACAGACUUGAAACCAUCAGAAGGCCCAGCAGCUGGUUUUCAUAUCACAGCACCUGAAAUAAACGGAAAAACGGUUGGUUCUCCCAUAGACUUUAAAGCUGGGGUCUCAGGAGGUAAACUACCACAGUUUGGCAUCUCAGGCCCCCAAGUACAAGGCGAUAUGGAAAGUUUACAAGCAGAUUUGCCAUCACCACACCUCAAGGGGGGUCCUUCAUUUAAUGUGUCAGGGCCCCAAAUUCAAGGUGGACUCAAAGGUCCAGAAGUUGGUCUUCCUGUGACAAGUGCAAAAGGCGGUAUAAAAGCUCCCGAUCUGAGUGUUGGCAGCGGAGGGAAAAUGACGUUUCCUGCAAUGAAAAUGCCAAAAUUUGGUGUUUCGUCUCCAGUUUCUAACUUGGAAGGUCCUCAGCUUGACGUAGCAGCUCCAUCAGUGACUAUUAAAGGCCCAGAAGGUUCUCUGAAAGGGCCCACAUGUACAGUAGGAGGCCCUGGAACGCAACAGCCACAGGUGGACGUGGGUCUAAAAGGACCGGACUUGACGGGUGGAGUGAAAGUUUCCUCUCCAACUUUGGCAGGCCCCGAGGUUGAUAUCAAAGGGCCCAAGAUGGACUUUGGGGUGCCAGGCACCGGACUUGAAGUGGGUGGAGGAAACAUCAAAAUUCCCCAUAUGAAACUUCCUAAAUUUUCUGCAUUAGACCCCACAGUGGAUGUGAGUGUUCCUAAAGGGGGAAUUGAUAUCUCAGGACCCAAAGUGGAUAUUCGGUCUCCAGAUGUGAGUGUCAAUGCACAUGUGAAAGGACCCAAGUUCGGCAAGCCUGAAAUAGGUGGUCAGAUGCCCAGAAUCUCUAUGGCGGAUGUUGACUUGAACCUAAAGGGCGCAAAAGGGAGAGGAGCCAUGGAUAUUUCUGGGCCAAAAUUGGAAGGUGGCUUGAAAGGGCCUAGCGUGGAAUUUAAGGGCCCCAAGCUAGAUGUUGAAGUUCCACAGGCUGACCUUGAGGGUAGCUUAAAAGGUCCCAAAGUCUCUAUGCCGUCCUUGAAAACGUCACCAAUAAAAAUAGCUGUGCCAGAUGUGGACUUGAAUGCGAAAGGGUCGAAACUAACUGGAGAUGUAGAUGUUUCCAUGCCACAGAUCAAAGGUGACUUCAGGGGGCCCCAGGUUGAUAUCAAAGGCCCCAAAUUGGAUGUAGAUGCUCCUGGCAUUGGCUUCAAAGGCCCUAGAGGAGAACUGAAAGGUCCUCACAUCAAGAUGCCAGAAAUGCAUGUCAAGACCCCUCAAAUAUCCAUCCCAGACAUCGACCUGAACUUGAAAGCCCCCAAAAUCAAGGGGGAUAGGGAUAUUUCCAUUCCAAAGAUGGAAGGUGAAUUGAAAGGCCCAGCUGUCGAUAUCAAGGGGCCCAAACUGGACGUCAGUGCACCGGAUGUUGAACUUCAUGGACCAGAACUCAAGAUGCCUAAACUAAAAAUGCCAAAAUUCGGUGUGCCGGGCUUUAAAGCCGAAGCCCCCGGUGUUGAUGUCAGUCUUCCAAAGGGCGACAGUCAAAUUUCAGGCCCGAAGGUGAGCAUUGGCGCUCCUAGCUUGGACAUUGAAGGCAAAAUUAAAAGUCCUGACUUCAAGACUCCUGAACUAAAUAUCCAGGCAUCAGAGAUCUUGGUACCAGAUGUGGACUUGAAUGUGAAAGGGCCCAAACUAAAGGGUGAUUUGAAUGUCUCUGUGCCAAAGGUAAAAGGUGACCUCAGGGGGCCCCAGGUUGAUAUCAAAGGCCCCAAAUUGGACAUAGAUGCUCCUGGCAUUGGCAUCAAAGGCCCUAGAGGAGAACUGAAAGGUCCUCACAUCAAAAUGCCAGAAAUGCACAUCAAGACCCCUCAAAUAUCCAUCCCCGACAUCGACCUGAACUUGAAAGCCCCCAAAAUCAAGGGGGAUGUGGAUGUUUCCAUUCCAAAGGUGGAAGGAGAAUUGAAAGGCCCAGCUGUGGAUAUCAAAGGGCCCAAAUUGGACAUUGGCACACCAGAUGUUGAACUUCAUGGGCCAGAACUCAAAAUGCCUAAAAUGAAAUUGCCUAAAUUUGGUGUACCAGGCUUGAAAGGUGAAGCCCCUACUGUUGAUGUCACUCUUCCAAAAGGAAACAUUGGUGUUUCAGACCCUGGAAUAAAAAUAGAAGCUCCUAGUUUGGACAUCAAAGGCCCUGGAGGACAACUGAAAGGUCCUCACGGCAAGAUGUCAGAAAUGCAUGUCAAAAUGCCUCAGAUCUCCGUGCCAGACAUCGACCUGAACUUGAAAGGCCCCAAAAUCAAGGGGGAUGUGGAUGUUUCCAUUCCAAAGGUGGAAGGAGAAUUGAAAGGCCCAGCUGUUGAUAUCAAAGGGUCCAAAUUGGAUGAUGUCACUGCACCGGAUGUUGAAUUUCAUGGACCAGAACUCAAGAUGCCUAAACUAAAAAUGCCAAAAUUUGGCAUGCCAGGCAUCAAAGCCGAAGCCCCCGGUGUUGAUGUCAGUCUUCCAAAGGGUCACAGUGAAAUUUCAGGCCCGAAGGUGAGCAUUGGUGCUCCUAGCUUGGACAUUGAAGGUCCUGAAGGCAAAAUUAAAGGUCCCAAAUUCAAGAUGCCAGAAAUGAACAUCAAAACUCCUCAGAUCUCCAUGCCAGACAUUGAUUUGAACUUGAAAGGGCCCAAAGUGAAAGGCGAUCUAGAGGUUUCUAUGCCAAAAGUAGAAGGGGAAUUGAAAGGUCCUGGAAUGGAUAUCAAGGGCCCCAAAGUGGGUGUCAACAUGCCAGAUGUAGAUGUUCAGGGUCCUGAAGGAAAGCUGAAGAUGCCCAAGCUGAAAAUGCCCAAAUUUGGCAUGCCAGGCUUCAAAGGGGAAGUCCCUGCUGUGGAUGUCAGUCUUCCAAAGGGUAAUAUUGAUGUUUCUGGUCCCAAAGUAGAUAUUGAAGGCUCUGACUUGGACAUUGAAGGCCCAGAAGGGAAAAUUAAAUCUCCCAAAUUCAAGAUGCCAGAAAUGCAUAUCAAAGCUCCUAAAAUCUCUAUGCCGGACAUUGACCUGAAUUUAAAAGGCCCCAAGCUCAAGGGAGAUGUAGAUGUUUCAGUACCAAAGUUGGAGGGUGACAUCAAAGGCCCUGAAAUGGAUAUCAAAGGACCCAAAAUAGAUAUCAGUGUUCCAGAUGUUGAUCUUCAUGGGCCUGAAGGGAAACUGAAAAUGCCCAAAUUGAAAAUGCCCAAAUUUGGAAUGCCAGGCUUCAAAGCAGAAGGCCCAGUGGUAGAUGUAAAUCUUCCAAAGGCAGAUGUGGAUAUUUCUGCACCCAAACUAGAAGUGGAAGCUCCUGGAUUAAACAUUGAAGGACCUGAAGGAAAAGCUAAAGGUCCCAAGUUUAAGAUGCCUGAACUAAAUAUCCAUGCACCCAAGUUUUCUAUGCCUGAUGUAGAUUUGAAUUUGAAAGGUCCUAAGUUGAAGGGGGAUAUGGAUAUUUCUGGGCCCAAGAUUGAGGGUGAACUGAAAGGACCCAACAUUGAUGUAAAAGGCCCAAAGAUUGAUGUAAAUCUCCCAGAUGUUGAUCUUGAAGGUCCAGAGGCCAAGAUGAAGAUGCCAAAGAUGAAACUACCAAAAUUUGGCAUGCCUGGGUGGAAAGGGGAAGGCCCUGAAGUUGAUGUAAGCCUUCCCAAAGGAGACCUGGAAGUUUCAGGACCAAAGGUGGAAAUUGAUGCUCCUGAUGUUGAGAUUCAAGGCCCUGAAGGAAAAAUAAAAGGCCCCAGAUUUAAAAUGCCCGAAAUGCAUUUCAAAACACCCAAAAUCUCCAUGCCCGAUAUUGACUUGAAUUUGAGAGGGCCGAAGCUGAAGGGGGAUGUUGAUGUGUCUGUGCCAAAACUGGAAGGAGAACUGAAGGGCCCUGCCCUUGAUAUCAAGGGACCCACCGUUGACAUAAGUGGUCCAGAUGUUGAUCUGCAAAGUGGGGGGAAACUGAAAAUGCCAAAAUUAAAGAUGCCGCAUUUUAGCAUGUCGGGCCCCAAGCUUGAAGGCCCUGAUGUAGACGUGACUUUCCCAAAAGGAGAAGUUGACAUUACAGGCCCCCAGAUAGAUGUGCAAGCUCCCGAAUUCGAUAUUGAAGGCCCCGAAGGGAAGCUGAAAGGUUCCAAGUUUAAGAUGCCAAAACUAAAUAUCAAAGCACCUAAAGUCUCCAUGCCGGAUGUGGAUUUCAACCUCAAGGCACCAGGAAGAAGCGGAGAGAUGGAUGUAACAGUUCCAACUAUUGAAGGCAAUUUAAAAGGACCCCAGAUUGACAUUAAGGGUCCCAAACUGGACAUUGAAGCACCUGGUGUUGAUUUACAGGGCCCUGAAGGAAAACUGAAAGGCCCCAAAUUUAAGAUGCCAGAUAUGCACAUCAAGGCUCCCAAGAUCUCCAUGCCAGACAUUGAUUUAAAUCUGAAAGGGCCUACAUUCAAGGGUGAGGCAGAUAUUUCAGCCCCCAAGCUGGAAGGUGAUUUGAAAGGUCCUGAAAUUGACAUCAAAGCCCCCAAAUUGGAUAUUGAUGUGCCAGAUGUUGAGCUACAUGGGCCUGAAGGGAAACUGAAGAUGCCAAAAUUAAAAAUGCCCAAAUUUGGCAUUUCUGGCUUCAAAGGAGAAGCCCCAGAUGUGGAUGUAAGCCUUCCCAAAGCAGAUGUUGAUGUUUUGGGACCCAAGGUUGAUAUCGAAGCACCACAUUUGGAUAUAGAAGGCCCAGAAGGAAAAGUGAAAGGUCCCAGAUUUAAAAUGCCUGAGAUGCAUUUUAAAGCUCCCAAACUCUCCAUGCCAGAUGUUGAUUGGAAUUUGAAAGGGCCUAAAUUCAAGGGAGACUAUGAUGUUACAGUUCCAAAGCUGGAAGGUGACCUGAAAGGCCCAGAUGUUGAAAUCAAGGGUCCGAAGCUGGAUGUGGACUUGCCUGAUGUUGACAUUGAAGGUCCAGAAGGAAAAUGGAAAGGUCCUAAAUUUAGGAUGCCUGAAAUGAACAUUAAAGCUCCUAAAAUUUCCAUGCCUGAUGUGGAUUUCAACCUGAAAGGCCCUAAACUGAAAGGCGAUGUGGAUGUUUCAGCCCCCAAACUAGAAGGCGAUUUCAGAGGACCAGACAUUGACAUCAAAGGUCCAGGGCUGGAUAUUGAGGCACCAGAUGUUGAUCUGCAUGGUCCUGAAGGGAAGCUGAAGAUGCCUAAAUUCAAAAUGCCCAAAUUUGGAAUGCCUAGUUUCAAAGCCGAAGGCCCAGAUGUGGACGUAAGCCUUCCCAAAGCAGACCUCGAUGUUUCUGUUCCAAAAGUUGACAUUGAAGCACCAAGUUUGGACAUAGAAGGCCCGGAAGGAAAAGUGAAAGGGCCAAAGUUUAAGAUGCCUGAUAUGCAUUUUAAAACCCCCAAAAUCUCCAUGCCAGACUUUGACUUGAAUCUGAAAGGCCCUAAAGUGAAAGGAGAUGUGGACGUGUCUGUGCCAACAUUGGAAGGUGACUUGAAAGGCCCAGAUGUUGAUAUCAAAGGUCCAAAACUGGACAUUGAUGCUCCUGAUGUUGAGAUUGGAGGCCCUGAAGGAAAGUGGAAAAGUCCUAAAUUCAAGAUGCCAGAAAUGCACUUUAAGACGCCAAAAAUCUCCAUGCCUGAUUUUGAUAUGAACUUGAAAGGCCCAAAAGUGAAGGGAGAUGUGGACGUGUCUAUGCCAAAGCUGGAAGGAGAUUUGAAAGGCCCUGAUGUUGAUAUCAAAGGGCCAACAUUGGACAUUGAUGCUCCUGACCUUAACAUCGAAGGUCCAGAGGGAAAGUGGAAAGGUCCUAAAUUUAAGAUGCCAGAAAUGAAUAUCAAGGCACCUAAAAUCUCCAUGCCAGAUUUUGAUUUGAGUCUAAGUGGCCCUAGGGUUAAAGGUGACAUGGACGUGAAUAUUCCAAAGUUAGAAGGUGAGCUGAAAGCCCCAGAUGUGGACAUCAAAGGACCCAAGGUGGAUGUCGAUCUUCCUGAGGUUGAUCUAGAAGGUCCUGAAGGGAAACUGAAAGGUCCCAAAUUUAAGAUGCCCGAUAUGCAUUUUAAAACCCCCAAAAUCUCCAUGCCAGAUUUUGACCUGGGCUUUAAAGGUCCUAAAGUGAAGGGGGAUAUGGAUGUUUCUCUACCAAAGUUAGAAGGGGAUCUGAAAAGACCAGAAGUUGAUCUCAAGGGUCCUAAAGUUGAUGUUAAUAUUCCUGAUGUUGAUAUUGAAGGGCCAGAAGGAAAAUUGAAAGGUCCCAAGUUUAAGAUGCCAGAAAUGCAUUUUAAUGUUCCUAAAAUCUCCAUGCCAGACAUUGAUUUGAAUUGGAGGGGCCCUAAAGUUAAAGGUGAUGCUGAUGUGUCUGUUCCUAAACUUGAGGGUGACUUGAAAGGCCCCGAUGUUGAUAUCAAGGGCCCUAAACUAGAUUUUGAUGCUCCUGAUGUUGAGAUUGAAGGCCCUGAAGGGAAAUGGAAAAGCCCCAAAUUUAAGAUGCCUGAAAUGCACAUCAAAGCGCCUAAAAUCUCUAUGCCAGAUUUUGACUUGAACUUGAAAGAAGGUGAUCUGAAAGGCCCAGAAGUGGACAUCAAGGGCCCAAAACUGGACAUUGAUGCUCCUGACAUCGAGAUUGAAGGCCCUGAAGGAAAGUGGAAAGGUCCUAAAUUCAAGAUGCCUGAGAUGAAUAUUAAAGCCCCCAAGAUCUCUAUGCCAGAUGUUGAUCUGAAUUGGAAAGGACCCAAGUUGAAAGGAGAUAUGGAGGUUUCAUUGCCAAAGGCGGAAGGCCCUGACGUUGACUUCAGAGGUCCCAAGUUGGACAUUGAUGCCCCAGAUUUAGAACUUCAUGGUCCAGAGGGCAAGCUCAAAAUGCCCAAAUUUAAAAUGCCGAAAUUUGGAAUGCCCAGUUUCAAAGCGGAAGGUCCUGAAGUUGAUGUAAAUCUCCCAAAGGGAGACAUUGAUGUAUCUGUUCCAAAGUUAGACCUAGAAGGCCCUGAAUUGGACAUCGAAGGUCCAGAAGGCAAAGUUAAAGGCCCCAAAUUUAAGAUGCCAGAAAUGCACAUCAAAGCUCCUAAAAUCUCCAUGCCAGAUUUUGACCUCAAUUUAAAAGGUCCAAAACUCAAGGGAGAUGUGGAUGUUUCUGUUCCCAAGCUGGAAGGAGACUUAAAAGGUCCUGAUAUUGACAUCAAAGCCCCCAAAAUGGACAUUGAUGCACCAGAUGUUGAGUUACAGGGGCCAGAAGGGAAACUGAAGAUGCCAAAAUUCAAAAUGCCAAAAUUUGGAAUGCCUAGCUUUAAAGGGGACGGCCCUGAAGUGGACAUCAAUCUCCCUAAGGGAGACAUUGAUAUAUCUGCUCCAAAGGUGGAUAUAGAAGGCCCUGAAUUGGAUAUUGAAGGUCCAGAAGGCAAAGUUAGAGGUCCCAGAUUUAGGAUGCCAGAAAUGCACAUCAAGGCACCGAAAAUCUCUAUGCCAGAUGUUGACUUAAAUUUGAAGGGGCCAAAAUUGAAAGGCGAUGUGGACGUUUCACUACCAAACGUUGAAGGUGGAUUGAAAGGACCUGACAUUAAUAUCAAAGCCCCCAAGUUGGAUAUUGAUGCACCAGAUGUUGACCUACAUGGCCCAGAAGGCAAAGUGAAGAUGCCAAAAUUCAAAAUGCCAAAAUUUGGAAUGCCUGGCUUCAAAGGAGAAGGCCCUGAAGUGGACAUCAAUCUCCCUAAGGGAGACAUUGAUAUAUCGGCUCCAAAGGUGGACAUAGAAGGCCCUGAACUGGAUAUUGAAGGUCCAGAAGGCAAAGUUAGAGGUCCCAAAUUUAAGAUGCCAGAAAUGCACAUCAAGGCACCAAAAAUCUCUAUGCCAGAUGUUGACUUGAAUUUUAAGGGGCCAAAAUUGAAAGGAGAUGUGGACGUUUCACUACCAAACGUUGAAGGUGGAUUGAAAGGACCUGACGUUAACAUCAAAGCCCCCAAGUUGGAUAUUGAUGCACCAGAUAUUGACCUACAUGGCCCAGAAGGCAAGUUAAAGAUGCCAAAAUUCAAAAUGCCUAAAUUUGGAAUGCCUGGCUUCAAAGGUGACGGCCCUGAAGUGGACAUCAAUCUCCCCAAAGGAGACAUUGAAAUAUCUGCUCCGAAGGUGGAUAUUGAAGGCCCUGAACUGGAUAUUGAAGGUCCAGAAGGCAAAAUUAAAGGCCCCAAAUUUAAGAUGCCAGAAAUGCACAUCAAGGCACCAAAAAUCUCUAUGCCAGAUGUUGACUUAAAUUUGAAGGGGCCAAAACUGAAAGGUGAUGUGGAUGUUUCACUACCAAAGGUUGAAGGUGGACUGACAGGACCUGACAUUGACAUCAAAGGACCCAAGUUGGAUAUUGAUGCACCAGAUGUUGACCUACAUGGCCCAGAAGGCAAGCUGAAGAUGCCAAAAUUUAAAAUGCCUAAAUUCAGCAUGCCAGGUUUCAAAGGGGAGGGGCCUUCAGUGGAUGUGAGUCUUCCCAAGGGGGAAUUAGAUGUAUCUGGCCCCAAACUAGACAUUGCAACACCCGAUUUAGAAAUUGAAGGCCCUGAAGGGAAAAUCAAAGGUCCCAAGUUUAAGAAGCCUGAAAUGCACUUUAAUGUUCCAAAAAUCUCAAUGCCAGAUAUUGAUCUGAAUUUAAAAGGGCCAAAAAUUAAGGGAGAUCUUGAAGGUGAUAUUAAAGGUCCUAACAUUGAAGUGAAACGUCCUGACGUUGACCUGGAGGCUCCCAAAGUAGAAAUUGAAGGAAAGCCAAAGAAAUCAAGAUUCAAGCUUCCCAAGUUUAGCUUUUCUAGCUCUAAAGGUCAGAGCCCAGAGGUUGAUGUAAAGCUUAAAAAACCAGAUGUUGAUAUAUCAGGACCCAGAGUUGAUGUUCAAGCUCCAGAUGUUGAUGUCCAUGGGAAAGCAAAAGGUUCUAAAUUUAAAAUGCCUUCCCUGAACAUUUCUUCACCUAAAGUUUCAAUGCCUGAUGUGGAAUUAAAUUUAAAAGGGCCUAAAUUAAAAGGUGACUUGGAUGUUUCUGUCCCAAGCUUGGAAGGGGAUUUGAAAGCUCCUGACCUUGACAUCAAAUGCCCCAAGAUAGACAUAGAUGCACCAGAUGUUGAUCUCCAUGGACCAGAGGGCAAACUCAAAAUGCCCAAAUUUAGAAUGCCCAAGUUUGGUAUGCCUGGCUUCAAAGCGGAAGGUCCUGAGGUGGAUGUAAAUCUUCCCAAAGCAGAUGUUGACAUUUCUGGUCCCAAGUUGGACAUUGAAGCUCCUGACUUCGAUAUAGAAGGCCCUGAGGGGAAGAUCAAAGGCUCCAAAUUUAAGAUGCCUGAAAUGCAUUUCAAUGUCCCCAAACUUUCAAUGCCAGACAUAGAUUUGAAUUUGAAGGGACCCAAGAUGAAAGGAGAUAUUGAUGUUUCAGCACCCAAGUUGGAAGGGGACUUGAAAGGCCCUGACGUUGACAUCAAAGGCCCCAAACUGGACUUUGACCUUCCUGAUGUUGACAUUGAAGGUCCAGAAGGAAAAUUCAAGGGUCCCAAGUUUAAGAUGCCCGACAUGCAUUUUAAAGCACCUAAAAUCUCCAUGCCAGAUUUCGACUUGAACCUAAAAGGCCCCAAAGUGAAGGGAGAUGUUGAUGUUUCCGCCCCCAAAAUGGAUGUUGAUGUUCCUGACAUUGAUAUUGAAGGGCCUGAUGGAAAGCUGAAAGGACCCAAGUUUAAGAUGCCUGAUAUGCAUUUUAAAACCCCCAAAAUCUCCAUGCCGGACUUUGACUUGAAUCUGAAAGGCCCGAAAGUGAAAGGAGAUGUGGAUGUAUCUAUGCCGAAGUUGGAAGGUGAUCUGAAAGGCCCAGAUGUUGAUAUCAAGGGGCCGAAGCUGGAUGUAGAUCUGCCUGAUGUUGACAUUGAAGGUCCAGAAGGAAAAUGGAAAGGUCCUAAAUUUAGGAUGCCUGAAAUGAACAUUAAAGCUCCUAAAAUUUCCAUGCCUGAUGUGGAUUUCAACCUGAAAGGCCCUAAACUGAAAGGCGAUGUGGAUGUUUCAGCCCCCAAAUUAGAAGGCGAUUUCAGAGGAACAGACAUUGACAUCAAAGGUCCAGGGCUGGAUAUUGAGGCACCAGAUGUUGAUCUGCAUGGUCCUGAAGGGAAGCUGAAGAUGCCUAAAUUCAAAAUGCCCAAAUUUGGAAUGCCUAGUUUCAAAGCCGAAGGCCCAGAUGUGGACAUAAGCCUUCCCAAAGCAGACCUUGAUGUUUCUGUUCCAAAAGUUGACAUUGAAGCACCAAGUUUGGACAUAGAAGGCCCGGAAGGAAAAGUGAAAGGGCCAAAGUUUAAGAUGCCUGAUAUGCAUUUUAAAACCCCCAAAAUCUCCAUGCCAGACUUUGACUUGAAUCUGAAAGGCCCGAAAGUGAAAGGCGAUGUGUCUGUGCCAACAUUGGAAGGUGACCUGAAAGGCCCAGAUGUUGAUAUCAAGGGGCCUAAGCUGGAUGUAGACAUGCCUGAUGUUGACAUUGAAGGUCCAGAAGGAAAAUGGAAAAGUCCUAAAUUUAAGAUGCCUGAAAUGAACAUUAAAGCUCCUAAAAUUUCCAUGCCUGAUGUGGAUUUCAACCUGAAAGGCCCUAAACUGAAAGGCGAUGUGGAUGUUUCAGCCCCCAAACUAGAAGGCGAUUUCAGAGGACCAGACAUUGACAUCAAAGGUCCAGGGCUGGAUAUUGAGGCGCCAGAUGUUGAUUUGCAUGGUCCUGAAGGGAAGCUGAAGAUGCCUAAAUUCAAAAUGCCCAAAUUUGGAAUGCCUAGUUUCAAAGCCGAAGGCCCAGAUGUGGACAUAAGCCUUCCCAAAGCAGACCUCGAUGUUUCUGUUCCAAAAGUUGACAUUGAAGCACCAAGUUUGGACAUUGAAGGCCCGGAAGGAAAAGUGAAAGGGCCAAAGUUUAAGAUGCCUGAUAUGCAUUUUAAAGCCCCAAAAUUCUCCAUGCCGGAGUUUGACUUGAAUCUGAAAGGUCCGAAAGUGAAAGGAGAUGUGGACGUAUCUAUGCCGAAGUUGGAAGGUGAUUUGAAAGGCCCAGAUGUUGAUAUCAAGGGCCCGAAGCUGGAUGUGGACCUGCCUGAUGUUGACAUUGAAGGUCCAGAAGGAAAAUGGAAAGGUCCUAAAUUUAGGAUGCCUGAAAUGAACAUUAAAGCUCCUAAAAUUUCCAUGCCUGAUGUGGAUUUCAACCUGAAAGGCCCUAAACUGAAAGGUGAUGUGGAUGUUUCAGCCCCCAAACUAGAAGGCGAUUUCAGAGGACCAGACAUUGACAUCAAAGGUCCAGGGCUGGAUAUUGAGGCACCAGAUAUUGAUCUGCAUGGUCCUGAAGGGAAGCUGAAGAUGCCUAAAUUCAAAAUGCCCAAAUUUGGAAUGCCUAGUUUCAAAGCCGAAGGCCCAGAUGUGGACAUAAGCCUUCCCAAAGCAGACCUUGAUGUUUCUGUUCCAAAAGUUGACAUUGAAGCACCAAGUUUGGACAUUGAAGGCCCAGAAGGAAAAGUGAAAGGGCCAAAGUUUAAGAUGCCUGAUAUGCAUUUUAAAACCCCCAAAAUCUCCAUGCCGGACUUUGACUUGAAUCUGAAAGGCCCAAAAGUGAAAGGCGAUGUGGAUGUGUCUGUGCCAACAUUGGAAGGUGAUCUGAAAGGCCCAGAUUUUGAUAUCAAAGGUCCAAAACUGGACAUUGAAGCUCCUGAUGUUGAGAUUGAAGGACCUGAAGGAAAGUGGAAAAGUCCAAAAUUUAAGAUGCCAGAAAUGCACUUUAAGACGCCAAAAAUCUCUAUGCCAGAUAUGAACUUAAACCUGAAAGGCCCUAAAGUUAAAGGUGAUUUGGAUGUGUCUGUGCCAAAGCUAGAAGAUUUGAAAGGUCCUGAAAUUGACAUCAAAGGGCCUCAGAUUGGUGCUCCUGACAUUGAUAUUGAGGGACCAGAUGGAAAACUGAAAGGUCCUAGAUUUAAAAUGCCUGAAAUGAACAUCAAAGCUCCAAAAAUUUCCAUGCCGGAUGUAGACUUCAACCUGAAAGGCCCCAAACUGAAAGGUGAUAUGGACUUGGAUGUUUCACUCCCAAAGAUAGAAGGUGAUUUGAAGGGACCGAGUGUUGAUGUAAAGGGGCCAAAACUGGACAUUGAUAUACCUGAUGUUGAGUUGGAAUGUCCUGAAGCAAAACUGAAAGGUUCCAAAUUUAAGAUGCCUGAAAUGCAUUUUAAAACCCCCAAAAUCUCCAUGCCAGAUUUCGACUUGAAUCUCAAAGGUCCCAAAAUGAAGGGAGACCUAGAUGUGUCUGUGCCAAAGGUUGAAGGUGGUUUGAAAGGACCAGAUGUUAAUAUUAAAGGGCCAACACUGGACAUGGACACUCCUGAUUUGGACCUCAAGGCUCCAGAAGGGAAAUUGAAAGGCCCCAAGUUUAAGAUGCCUGAAAUGCACAUUAAGGCUCCUCAUAUCUCCAUGCCUGAUGUAGACCUCAAUCUGAAAGGACCUCAGAUGAAAGGGGAUUUGAGUGUUUCUGGGCCAAAGUUGGAAGGAGAUUUCAAAGGUCCAGAAAUUGACAUCAAAAGCCCUAAGAUGGACAUUGAUAUGCCUGAUGUUGAUAUCCAUGGCCCAGAUGGAAAAGUAAAGUUCCCCAAGAUGAAGCUUCCCAAAUUUGGCAUGCCUGGGUUCAAAGGAGAAGGACCUGAUAUGGAUGUGAAUCUGCCUAAAGGAGAAUUAGAAGUAUCAGGUCCCAAAGUCAACAUUGAAGGUCCCAGCUUGGACAUCGAAGGACCAGAAGGACAACUCAAAGGCCCCAAGCUCAAGAUGCCUGAAAUGCAUUUCAAGACACCAAAAAUCUCCAUGCCAGACAUUGACUUAAAUCUGAAAGGACAUAAGGUGAAAGGUGAUGUGGAUGUUCCCAAGAUCGAGGGCAAUUUAAAAGGUCCAGGGAUUGAUAUUAAAGGCCCGGGAAUUGAAGCAAAAGGUCCUGAAAUUGACCUAGAGUGUUCUGAUGUAAAUAUUGAAGGGCCAGAAGGAAAUGUUAAACUGCCCAAAUUUAAGAUGCCAAAAUUUGGGUUUGGAGCCAAAAGCCCCAAAGUGGAUGUAAAGUCUCCCACUGCAGACAUCUCUUUUCCAGAAGGUGAACUGAAUGUUGAGUCACCAGACAUCAACAUAUCUGGCAAGGGGAAGAAAGGCAAAUUCAAGAUGCCCAAAAUACACAUGAGUGGGCCUAAGAUUAAAGGCAAGAAGGCUGGUCUUGAUGUGAGUGGGGAGAUGAGUGCAGGUGUGAAAUCACCCGAUUUAGAAGGAAGUCUCUCUGCCCCAGAUGCCUCACUGAAAGGGGACAUUAAUAUCAAGUUGCCCAAGGAAAAGAAACCUAUGUUUGGGAAACUCUCUUUCCCCGAUGUUGAAUUUGAUAUAAAAUCACCUAUGUUUAAGGCUGAUGCUUCUUUGCCAAAGGUGGAAGGAGAAAUCAGGGCACCAGGAAUAGAUGUUUCAUCACCAUCUGUAACAUCACCAGGUCUUGACAUUACAGUUCCAAGUGCCAGUCUCCCUGAUGUUAAUAUUGGAGGUCCUGAUAUCAGUCUUAAGAAACCGAAGUUCAAACUCUCAAGUGGGAAUGUGGACCUGGCUGGCUCCAAAUUGGAAGGAGACCUUAGAGUGCCAAGUAUCGAUGCAAAAGUUAGUGCUCCUGACAUCAGCCUGAAAGGUCCUUCAGUGAACCUGCCAUCCAUGGACAUUUCUGCUCCCACUUUCUCAGCUCCUGAUCUUGAUGUUAAUUUGAAAGGACCAAAGCUAAAAGGUGAUGCUGAACUCCCCAAAGGAGAACUGCAAGGCCCAGAAGGGAAACUGAAGUUCCCCAAGUUUGGCUUGCCAAAGAUUGGAAAACCAGGAGUGAAAUUAGAAGGGCCGGAGGUGGAUCUUCAAGGACAACUGCCCUCAGCAAGCAUUGAUGUUUCAGCUCCAAGCAUCAAAGGUGAUGUGAACGUUCCUGCAGUUGAUGUAAAUGUGAAAGGACCAAAAUUAGGAAACCUGGAUCUUUCUGGUGAUAUUAAAGGCCCAACAAUUGGAAUUGGGAUGCCAGAUGCUGACAUUGGUGGUUUUGAAGGGAAGCUUAAAAUGCCAAAGUUCCAGGGGCUAGAUGUCAACUUGGAUGCUCCAGACCUAGAUGUGAAAGGACCAUCAGUGAAAAUGACCUCUGGAGGAGGCAUUUCUGCACCUGAUUUUGACAUGAAUUUGAAAGGACCAAAGAUCAAAGGAGAUCUUGGCAUUUCUGGUGACAUUAAGUCUCCUAAGGUGGCUGUUGAGGUGCCCAGUGUUAACCUGGAAGGUUCUGGAGGUGGAAUUAAACUUCCUUGCCUCAAGCUUCCCCAGUUUGGCAUCGCCAGCUCUCAUGGUGAAAGUUCUAACGUGGAUGUGAAUAUUGCAGGACCACAAAUCAAAGGACCUGAAGUACAUUUCAAAGGGCCUAACAUUUCUGCUCCAGCAGUUUCCACCCCAGACGUUGACUUGAACUUGAAAGGACCAAGCUUGAAAGGCGAUGUUAAUAUUGCUGGUGACAUGAAAGGUCCAAAAAUUGAACUACCGGGUGUAAAAAUUUCUGGCAUGGGCUUGGAUGCUGGUGCUCCUGAUGUCGGUUUGAGAGGACCCUCACUCAACGUAUCAUCUCCCAAAGUUUCUGGAUCAGACUUUGACAUAAAUUUGAAAGGGCCUAAAGUCAAAGGAGAUUUUGAUAUUUCUGGAGAUGUCAAAACUCCAGAGCUAAGUGUUGGCAUGCAAGGGGCAGGAGGCUUUCAGGUUUCUGGACCAAAAGUAGGUGGUGAUCUAAAAGGUCCCCAGUGUGAAAUCAAGGGUCCUUCCAUUGGGGUGAAUGUUCCACAAGGCCAUUUGGAGAGCCCAUCUGGAAAAGUGUCGUUCCCUAAGAUGAAAAUGCCAAAAUUUGUGGUAACGGGGCAGGAGCUAACAGGGAGGGAGGUUGGGGUUGACGUUGAUUUCCCUCAGGCACCAGUAGCAAGUCUCCAUGCGGGAGCAGUGAAUGUUGAACUAGAAGAGCCUGACAUUAAGCUUAAGAAAUCUAAAAUUAAAAUGCCAAAGUUUGCUUUCUCUAAACCUAAGGUCAAAGGCAGUGUUGGGUCCCCAGAGGUCUCGGCAUCCGUUUCAGGGGGUGAGGGAGAGUUAAAGGCCAGUUUGGGUUCCUUGGAGGGUGACUUGGAAGUAGGUGAAGCGACUGCCUCUCCAAAAGGGAAGUUCUCCUUUUUUAAGACCAAAAAGUCACGCCACCGGUCAUCGUCCUUCAGCGACGAGCAUUCCUCACAUUCAACGCCAACUGGCACACUGGAGCAUGAGGGCAAGCAUGCCAAGCUGAAAUUUGGUACCUUUGGGGGGAUAGGGUCAAAAUCUAAAGGUUCUUAUGAGGUAACGGGAAGUGACGAGGAGGGGAAGAUGCAGGGUAGCGGGGCCUCGCUAGCGUCCAAGAAGUCUCGGCUGUCGUCCUCCUCGAGUAACGACAGUGGGACAAAAGCCAACUUUCGAAUGCCACAAGUAGAGUUGACUGUGGCAAAGAAGAAAGAAUAAAAUGGGGG